AUGUCAAUCCAAUGGCUCCUAAGCUUCUUCCUACUUCCGUCCUUCGCCUGUGCCACCAUAAAACCUGUGUCCCCCGGCCCUGGCGACGUGUUCAGGUCAGGAUCACCCUGUCUCAUCUCUUGGGAUACCGACAGGUCCGGCUCCACCCAACCAUGGAGAAACGCCACCAUCUACCUCAUGUCCGGCUCCAACCUGAACAUGUCAAUGGUUACAACCGUUGUCGAGCACCUAGACGGGACUAACAUGUCAUCGUACAGUUGGCUAUUGCCUGACGUGGCACCCAAUGCAGACAUUUACUUCUACCAGUUUUCGAAUAACGGGGUCCCGGCCGGAUCCACUUGGACUUCUCGGUUCACAAUUGCUUCGUAUUCUGGCAACACCACUCUCCCUCAAAACAGCGAGCAGCCUGGCGGGGCUCCUAUUCCGUGGGGUGUUGGACAUCUUGUACCCCCCAAGAGCAAGAUUUCGUCGAGCCCAGUCGUUUCACCUCGCAGCCGUCCAUUACCAACCCGUCCAUGCGAAACACUAAAACACCAUCAAUGCACGACAUCCCUGGGAGAUGCUUUGUCCUCCGAUUAUAAAAAUCCCGCUGCCCCCCCCUCCUCUUCGACAACGCAUGGUCUCGCACCCCACCGUAAUAGAUCAAAUCAAGCUCACGCGACAGAGAAGACCUUCAAGCAGAGGUAA